AAACAAACAUGAACGUUCUAAUUAUAUUUUUGAUUGUGGUUACGUUGUGCACAAAUUUUACCCAACAACAAAAAAAUGGCAUUUGUCCGAAAAAGAUAAAAGUAAAAAAAACCCGAAAUGUGCCAUACUUCAUUACAAGUCGAGUACCUUGUGGACCACGUCCUCUGCCAUUGUGUCCCGUUAGACGUCUCACCAAAUAUCGGGUCGAAACAUACACUGAGGACGUUGUAACCAACGAAUGUUGCAAAGGCUUCGUCAAACUAAGCAAAAACCACUGCAUCCCCCACUGUUCAAAAAAAUGCUUCAACGGAAAAUGUACAGCCCCCGAAACCUGCUCGUGCAACCCCGGAUAUACCAAAGACCCCAAAAACAAGUACCUGUGUAUCCCCAAAUGUUCCAAACCGUGCAUCAACGGCCGGUGUACAUCACCAGAAACCUGCACCUGUAACAACAAUAGCUUCAGAAGAAAUUUGAAAGAUAAGUACCUUUGCGAACCCAUUUGCUCCCCAUUAUGCGUCAACAGUAAGUGUACUGCACCAGGAACCUGUACCUGUAACCCCGGCUUCACUAAAGACCCUCGAAUCAAACACAAAUGUGUUCCCAAAUGUAGCAAACCCUGUGUUCGCAGCACGUGUACAGCUCCUGAAACAUGUUCUUGUCUUGCUCGUCACGACAAAGAUCCCAAAAACAAGUACCAGUGUAACCCUAGAUGUAGUAAACGCUGUGAGAAUGGCAUCUGUGUGCAACCCGAGACUUGUCGUUGUAACGCAGGGCUUGUUCUAGAUCCAAAAAACAAGUACCUUUGUAGAAAAAUGUGUUCGAAAAACUGCAUCAAUGGUAACUGUGUGGGUAUAGAAAAGUGUUCUUGUAACGUCGGGUUUGUUCGUGAUAGUAAAAAUCCGUACCAGUGUAACCCGGUUUGUAGUAAACCCUGCAUUAAUGGAAAAUGUGCGGGCGCCAAUAAGUGUUCUUGUAACCCUGGUUACGUUCCAGAUCCCAGAAACCGCUUAGUGUGUAACCCCAAGUGUAGUAAACCUUGCGUUAACAGUAAAUGUACAGCACCAGAAACAUGUUCUUGUAAUUCCGGUUUCGCGAAAGACCCCAAAAACAAGUACAAUUGUAAUCCGGUUUGUAGUAAAGGUUGUGUUAAUUCCAAGUGUACGGCACCAGAAACAUGUUCAUGUAAUGCAGGUUAUGUCAAAGAUGCGAGAAACAAGAACUUGUGCAACCCAGUUUGUAGUAAAACAUGUGUCAAUAGUAAAUGUUCGGGACCAGAAACAUGUUCUUGUAAUUCCGGUUUUGCCAAAGAUUCUAGAAAUAAGUAUUCCUGCAAUCCCGUUUGUAGCAAAUCGUGUGUCAAUGGUAAAUGCACAGCUCCAGAAAUAUGUUCCUGCAAUGCUGGUUUUUCUAAGGAUUCGAAAAAUAAGUAUGUGUGUAAUCCCGUAUGUAGUAAAACUUGCAUAAAUAGUAAAUGUUCGGCACCAGAAACGUGUUCUUGUAACACUGGUUUCGCUAAAGACCCGAAAAAUAAAUAUUCGUGUAACCCAGUUUGUAGUAAAGCCUGUGUUAAUAGCAAAUGCACAGCGCCAGAAACGUGUUCUUGUACUUCGGGAUUUUCAAAAGAUUUAAAAAAUAAAUAUCUCUGCAAUCCUGUUUGUUCUAAAGCUUGUGUAAACAGUAAAUGUACAGCACCAGAAUCGUGUUCUUGUAAUGUCGGAUUUUCAAAAGACCCGAAAAAUAAGUAUCUGUGCAAUCCUGUUUGUGCUAAAACGUGUGUAAACAGCAAAUGUUCAGCACCAGAAACAUGUUCUUGUAAUAGCGGUUUUGCGAAAGACGCAAGAAAUAAAUAUCUUUGCAAUCCUAUAUGUUCUAAACCUUGUGGUAACAGUAAAUGCAUAGCGCCAGAAACGUGUUCUUGUAAUGCGGGAUUUUCUAAAGAUUCAAACAAUAAGUAUCUGUGCAAUCCUGUUUGCGCUAAAACGUGUGUAAACAGCAAAUGUUCAGCACCAGAAACAUGUUCUUGUAAUAGCGGUUUUGCGAAAGAUCCGAGAAAUAAAUAUCUCUGCAAUCCUGUUUGUUCGAAACCGUGUGUAAACAGUAAAUGCACAGCGCCAGAAACGUGUUCUUGUAAUGUAGGAUUUUCAAAAGAUUCGAAAAAUAAAUAUCUGUGCAAUCCUGUUUGUGCUAAAACGUGUGUAAACAGCAAAUGUUCAGCACCAGAAACAUGUUCUUGUAAUGCAGGAUUUUCAAAGGAUCCCAAAAAUAAAUAUGUUUGCAAUCCUGUUUGUUCUAAACCCUGUGUAAAUAGUAAAUGUACGUCACCAGAAACGUGUUCUUGUAAUAAGGGAUUUUCCAAAGAUUCGAAAAAUAAAUAUUUCUGCAAUCCUGUUUGUACUAAAACUUGUGUAAAUAGUAAAUGUUCAGCACCAGAAACAUGUUCUUGUAAUGCAGGAUUUUCAAAGGAUCCCAAAAAUAAAUAUCUAUGUAAUCCUGUUUGUACUAAAACUUGUGUAAAUAGCAAAUGUUCAGCACCAGAAACAUGUUCUUGUAACAGUGGUUUUGCGAAAGAUGCGGCGAAUAAAUAUAUUUGCAAUCCUGUAUGUUCUAAACCUUGUAUGAACAGUAAAUGUACGGCUCCGGAAACAUGUUCUUGUAAUGCAGGAUUUUCGAAGGAUCCCAAAAAUAAAUAUCUAUGUAAUCCUGUUUGCACUAAAACUUGUGUAAAUAGUAAAUGUUCAGCACCAGAAACAUGUUCUUGUAACAGUGGUUUUGCGAAAGACGUUGCGAAUAAAUAUGUUUGCAAUCCUGUAUGUUCUAAACCUUGUAUGAACAGUAAAUGUACGGCUCCGGAAACAUGUUCUUGUAAUGGAGGAUUUUUGAAGGAUCCCAAAAAUAAAUAUCUAUGUAAUCCUGUUUGUACUAAAACUUGUGUAAAUAGUAAAUGUUCGGCACCAGAAACAUGUUCUUGUAACAGUGGUUUUGCGAAAGAUGCGGCGAAUAAAUAUCUUUGCAAUCCUAUAUGUUCUAAACCUUGUGUAAACAGCAAAUGUACGUCACCAGAAACGUGUUCUUGUAAUAACGGAUUUUCCAAAGAUUCGAAAAAUAAAUAUCUGUGCAAUCCUGUUUGUACUAAAACGUGUGUAAAUAGUAGAUGUUCAGCACCAGAAAUAUGUUCUUGCAAUAGUGGUUUUUCUAAAGAUUCGAAAAAUAAAUAUACCUGCAAUCCUGUCUGUUCUAAAUCUUGCAUGAACAGUAAAUGCACAGCGCCAGAAACAUGUUCAUGCAAUGCAGGAUUUUCAAAAGAUCUGAAAACUAAGUACCUGUGCAAUCCUGUUUGUACUAAAACUUGUGUAAAUAGUAAAUGUUCAGCCCCAGAAACAUGUUCUUGUAACAGUGGUUUUGCGAAAGAUGUGUCAAAUAAAUAUGUUUGCAAUCCUGUAUGUUCUAAACCCUGUGUAAACAGCAAAUGUACGUCACCAGAAACGUGUUCUUGUAACAACGGAUUUUCCAAAGAUUCGAAAAAUAAAUAUCUCUGCAAUCCUGUAUGUUCUAAAUCUUGUAUGAACAGUAAAUGUUCAGCACCAGAAACGUGUUCUUGCAAUAGCGGUUUUUCCAAAGAUUCAAAAAAUAAAUAUCUCUGUAAUCCUGUGUGUUCUAAACCUUGUAUGAACAGUAAAUGCACAGCGCCAGAAACAUGUUCAUGCAAUGCAGGAUUUUCGAAAGAUCUGAAAAACAAGUACCUGUGCAAUCCUGUUUGUGCCAAAACUUGUGUAAAUAGCAAAUGUUCAGCACCAGAAACAUGUUCUUGUAACAGUGGUUUUGCGAAAGAUGCGGCGAAUAAAUAUCUUUGCAAUCCUGUAUGUUCUAAACUUUGUAUGAACAGUAAAUGCACGGCUCCAGAAACAUGUUCUUGUAAUGCAGGAUUUUCGAAGGAUCCCAAAAAUAAGUACGUGUGUAAUCCCGUUUGUACUAAAACUUGUGUAAAUAGUAAAUGCACAGCACCAGAAAUGUGUUCUUGUAACACUGGAUUUUCUAAAGAUCUACAAAAUAAAUAUCUAUGUAAUCCUGUUUGCAGUAGAACAUGUGUAAAUAGUAAAUGUUCAGCAUCAGAAACAUGUUCUUGUAAUAAUGGUUUUGCGAAGGAUCCGCGAAAUAAAUAUCUAUGUAAUCCUGUCUGUAGUAGAACAUGUGUAAAUAGUAGAUGUUCGGCACCAGAAACAUGUUCUUGUAACGGCGGCUUUGUGAAAGAUACGACAAAUAAGUAUCUUUGUAAUCCAGUGUGUUCUAAACCCUGUGUAAAUGGUAAAUGCACAGCACCAGAAAUGUGUUCUUGUAACACUGGAUUUUCUAAAGAUCUGCAAAAUAAAUACCUAUGUAAUCCUGUUUGUAGUAGAACAUGUGUCAACAGUAAAUGUUCAGCACCAGAAACAUGUUCUUGUAACAGUGGUUUUGCGAAAAAUGUGUCAAAUAAAUAUGUUUGCAAUCCUGUAUGUUCUAAACCUUGUGUAUAUGGUAAAUGUACGUCACCAGAAACGUGUUCUUGUAACAACGGAUUUUCCAAAGAUUCGAAAAAUAAAUAUCUCUGCAAUCCUGUAUGUUCUAAACCUUGUAUGAACAGUAAAUGUACGGCUCCGGAAACAUGUUCUUGUAAUUCAGGAUUUUCUAAAGAUCCGCAAAAUAAAUAUCUAUGUAAUCCCGUUUGUAGAAGAGCAUGUGUAAAUGGUAGAUGUUCAGCACCAGAAACAUGUUCUUGCAACGGCGGCUUUGUGAAAGAUCCGACAAAUAAGUAUCUUUGUAAUCCUGUAUGCUCCAAACCAUGUCUAAACAGUAAAUGUUCAGCACCGGAAACAUGUUCUUGUAAGAAUGGUUUUGCGAAAGAUGCAGGAAAUAAAUAUCUUUGCAAUCCUGUUUGUAGUAGAACAUGUGUAAAUAGUAAAUGUUCAGCACCAGAAACAUGUUCUUGUAACAGCGGCUUUGUGAAAGAUCCGACAAAUAAAUAUCUUUGUAAUCCAGUAUGUUCUAAACCCUGUGUAAACGGUAAAUGCACAUCACCAGAAAUGUGUUCUUGUAACUCAGGAUUUUCUAAAGAUCUGUUAAAUAAAUAUCUAUGUAAUCCUGUUUGUACUAGAACAUGUGUAAAUAGUAAAUGUUCAGCACCAGAAACAUGUUUUUGUUACGGCGGCUUUGUGAAAGAUCUAACAAAUAAGUAUCUUUGUAAUCCAGUAUGUUCUAAACCCUGCGUAAACGGUAGAUGCACAGCACCAGAAACAUGUUCUUGUAAUUCGGGAUUUUCUAAAGAUACGCAAAAUAAAUAUCUAUGUAAUCCUGUCUGUAGUAGAACAUGCGUGAACAGUAAAUGCUCAGCACCAGAAACAUGUUCUUGUAACAGCGGUUUUGCAAAAGAUUCUGCAAAUAAAUAUAUUUGCAAUCCUGUGUGUUCUAAACCGUGUAUAAACAGUAAAUGCACAGCACCAGAAACGUGUUCUUGUAAUUCAAGAUUUUACAAAGAUUUUAAAAAUAGAUUUUUAUGUAAUCCAAUAUGUACAAGAAUGUGUGUAAACAGUAUGUGCGUCGCCCCAGAUACGUGUUCUUGUAAUCGGGGUUUCGCCAAAGAUCCCAACAACAAAUAUUUGUGCAAUCCUGUAUGUAGUAAAGCUUGUAUACACAGCAAGUGUACCGCACCAGAAAUAUGUUCUUGCGAUUCUGGUUUCACCAAAGAUUCUCAAAAUAAAUAUUUAUGUAAACCGAUAUGUUCGAAAGCUUGUGUGAACGGUGAAUGCACAGCUCCAGAAAUGUGUUCUUGUAACUCUAAUUUUACUAAAGAUUCCAAAGAUAAAUAUUUAUGUAACCCUGUGUGUACCAACCGUUGCAUAAACGGCAAGUGCACAUUACCCGAAACAUGUUCCUGCAAUUCUGGCUUCAGCGCAGAUUCUUUAAACAAGCACAUUUGCAACCCCAUUUGUAGCAAACCGUGCAUUAACAGCAAGUGUUCCGCCCCUGAAACAUGUUCAUGUUCUCCUGGUUUCGCCAAAGAUAACGCAAACAAAUAUCGUUGUAACCCUGUAUGUAGCAAAGAUUGUGUAGAUGCUAAAUGUAGCUCACCAAACACUUGUACUUGUAAUGAGGGGUAUGUGCCAGAUGUUAACGAUAAAUUUAAGUGUAAUCCUGUUUGUAAUAACACUUGUUUAAAUGGUUACUGUGUCAAACCCAACACUUGUAAGUGUAACGAUGGAUAUGGAACAGACUUUGAAGACAAAUGUGUUCCGAUUUGUCGCGCUCUGUGUCUUUAUCGUGACUGUCCUCGAGACUAUGAAGCUAUGAAUAAUAGGUGUAUUCUGAAGUCUGUUCUUUCACUUUGUACUGACAACACAACUUGUGUGGAAAAUUGUGUUGCUGAGGAUUGUGGGGGUAUUUUCAGCGACAUUCCCGUGAUCAGGACCAUCAUCAACACUCCACUGAAAGUGUUAAUACCUGCAGCUCUAGGUGUGAUAGUUACGAUUUUAGUAGCCAUUAUUGUGGUGGUGAUAAUUUUGAAGAAAAAACGACGAAGAAUUGAUGAUGCAGAUUAUCCUAUUUAUGAGAAUUUAAUACGAAACCCAGUUUUCAUCACCGACUCUCUACCACUGACCGCCACUCUACCCAUAGAACUGAAGCCGAAACUGGAACUCUUGCAUGGCCAUUAAAUGUGAUAUUUUUUAUUAAAUGCUGUUUAUUAUC